AUCUACACCGUCCCUCACUUACCACGUGUCUCCCUCUCCACAAAUCAACGUACCAGAUUCAAACUUGAGACACAGACAAGAACCUUCAUCUUUAUCCUAGUGUCAAAUUGCCAUUAUUUUAGUGCAAUUAUUGGUAACACUCUCGGCUAGAAAAAAAAGUACUACAAAGAAGUGUCCAUUCAUAUGAAAGUGAUCAAAUAUCUAAUUCUUUUGUCUGAAUUGAAUAAUCCUUAAAUAAAACAACACUUUUGAUUGAUACAAAGUGGGAGGUUAGAGUGAGAGAAGAAAAGGGCAGGGUUGUGUUUUUGUUUUUGUUAUAACUGUGGAGGUGGUAGAGAGAAAAGAAUCAAAAAAAAAGAAGAUGAUGAUCGAAGAAAGUGGUAGUCCAACACCAAGAAGCCCAGAAGCUAAGGUGGGUAUGCAAGUGGAAGAUUUGUGGGAUGUUCAGGAACCUCAGCUUUCUCCUACUGAGAAGCUUAAUGCCUGUUUUGAGAGCAUCCCUGUUUCUGAUUUUCCUCAUGCUCCUUCUGAUGAUGGUGAGAGUUUUUUUGAGUCUGAUCAUAAAUUAUUAAGCUAGGAUUGAAUUAUGUUGAUUGCAAAAAGGGAAUGAUUUGGUUAUGAUGGGUAUGUGAUUCAUCAAGUAGUGCAAAGUUGUGGAAUAUCAGAUUCGGUUCCUGAUAUGGAGGUUUAAUAAUUAGCUGAUGAUCUGGAUUCAGAACACUUUAUUUUUGUCUGCUUACAGCAUGAUUUCUGAUCAGAUGUCGAUUUUAGCUUCUGCUUUGUCUUUUUGCCUUUACGGGCUGCCUGGAUCCUCUGUUUUAUCAAUUGAACAUUUUCUGAUUAUAUUAGAAGAUGCAAAAACUAAUUAUAUUGGUUAUCCUCGAAGAUGUUUGAAAACUUUCAGAUUGUACUUUUUAAUAAGAAUGGAACUUGAUUUAUGAUAUUUGACUGUGCUAUUCUGAAAACUCGGAAGGGACAGAAUAUUUUUAGUCUCUUUUGUUUCUAUAGCUCUUCAUUGGAAAAACUGGGAGUUGGUGCUACAAAAAAUGGAGAAGAAGAGGCAAAAUGAAUGAACAAAAAAUUUUGAUGUCACAGAAAAAUGAAAUACCGAUUCCUUUAUCCUUAUUUGUCAUGCUGCUCGUACAACAAUCGGGAAGAAUAGAGGGGCAAGUGUAGGGGAUUGUAAAUUUUUCCGUCUUUGCAUGUAAUUUUAAAUUUUUUUCCCAGUAUCUGGCAGUUAUUCUCUAGAUAGCCUAAAAAUCUUAUGUGUUUCUAUACAAGUUACUCUAUGCUAUCAUAUUCAUGUGGAGUCCCAGCAUCUGGUGCAGCUUAUUUCAGCCUAUCUAAAAUCUUGUUUGCUCUUUUAGUGAUUGAGAUAAAGUCAGAUUCAAGUUUGGCUGAAGUGGUCAAGUUACUAGCUGUACAUAAAGUCUUGAGUGCACCUGUUGUGGAUGUCCAAGCUCCGGAAGAUGCGAGUUGGAUUGAUAGAUAUCUUGGCAUUGUGGAAUUUGCGGGGAUCGUUGUAUGGAUUCUACAUCAGUCAGAAAAGAUGGAGGGAGAUUGUGCAUUCAAUACUGAACUAAUGCUUGGGUCUGAGGAUGGAUUAGGCCGUGCUGUUGCUGCAGCAGCAAGUGGAAUGUCGUCCCCAAGAUACAGAAGUUUGCACCCUGAAUCUCCCACUGCAACUUCUGGAAACUUUUUUGAGACGUUAACUUCUUCUGAUUUUUACAAGAACACUAAGGUUGGAGACAUAUCUGGAUCAUUCCGCUGGGCUCCAUUUCUGGCAUUGCAAAAGUCCAACUCUUUCUUGACCAUGCUCUUGUUGCUCUCCAAGUACAGAAUGAAGAGUAUUCCAGUGGUCGACUUGGGUGAGAGAAAGAUUGAUAACAUUAUAACGCAAUCAGCUGUUAUUCACAUGCUUGAGGAAUGUGCUGGCCUUCAUUGGUUUGAGAGCUGGGGUUCAAAAAAUCUAUCAGAGCUGGGUCUUCCACUAAUGAAGCCCAGUCACAUUAUCAAGGUCUAUGAAGAUGAACCAGUUCUACAAGCCUUUAAACUUAUGAGACAAAAAGGAGUUGGUGGGGUACCUGUGGUUGCAAGUGGUGGAAAAAAGGCUAUUGGUAACAUAAGUAUCAGAGAUAUCCAGUUUCUUCUACUUGCUCCAGAAAUAUACAAGGAGUUCAGAUCUAUCACGGCAAAAAAUUUCUUAACAGCAGUUAAAAGCUAUCUGGAGGAGCAUCAAAAGGAUUCCCCACUCUUGAGGGCCAUGGUAACAUGCCGAAGGGACAAUAGCCUCAAGGAUGUUAUUAGCAAGCUUGAUUCCAUGAAGGUCCAUCGAAUUUAUGUAGUAGAUGAUCAGGGAAAUUUAGAAGGGGUAGUCACUUUAAGAGACAUCAUUUCGAAGCUGGUUCAUGAGCCCCGAGGUUACUUUGGCGACUUCUUUGAUGGUGUCUUGCCUCUGCCUGAGAACAGCAGGGUCUAGCAUAGGCCGUUAAUCUUCUCCUUCAAAGGAUAGUUUCCAACUUCCAAGUCUAACAUCUUGCUUUUUGGCGUUUUGAUAGUGUCCUGUUUCUGUUAAACAAACGCUUCUCAAUAUGGUAGUCCUUCGCAGAGAUGUCUCAUGUAGGUAGUUACAAAACCAUUUUCCAUUUUCGGAGUGUUUGUAUAGAUGAUUCCCAGAGAACAAUCUUCUCAUAAUAAAUCUGAGGUUUUUGCUCGAAAUUUACUAUCACCC